AUGAUGGCUCGAAUACUUUUGAUUCUCGCAGUUUUAAUACCUGUUGUGUGCUUCUUACUUGUGAAAUAUCAGGAUGCGGAUUUUGUGCUCAUGAUUUACGAAGUAAUAGGUGAAAAUCCUGCUGUAGUGUUGCGCGGCAAAGUUGUGUGGAUCACGGGAGCUUCCAGCGGCAUUGGUGAAUAUCUAGCUUACGAAAUGGCUAAAUGUGGCUCUAAGUUGGUGCUUUCUGCACGAAGGAAAGUUGAAUUAGAGAGAGUCAAGAAAAACUGUGCAGGUAGGACUACCACAUUAUGAAGCAAAUAUGAGUGUAACUGUUUGGUGAUAGUGAUCCGCGCUGGUUCACAUAUACGGUUUUCAAAAUACUAGAUGCCCGGCAGUCAGAAAUUCACGUCCAUUUUGCACGAAAUAUCUCAUUUAAUUUGUGUAAUAACAUCAGGAAGUUGUUUAGAAUAAUCAAGCGAUUUCAAACACUGCUUUGGGCUUGACAUAGAGGCAACUGUCGAGCCUGGGCAUGGAGUGAAAUCUUUAUAGUUUCGACACUUCAAAUAUUUGCGUCACGCAACCGUAGCGCUACACCGGAAAUUUACACAGCCGUUAUUAGUGUCGCCACGCAACGCGUAACGACACUAAUAACAGCUGUGUAGCAGACUACUGCCGAGUCGACAAAUUGUAAGUUAGAGGAACAUUGCUAGAGGAUAUCUGGUAAGACUAUAGACUCUUUAUAAUUUUACGCAGAAAUCGAGUAGACUCAGCAGAUGCUGAGAAAGAUUGAUUUCCGACUGCCGGGCAUCUAGUAUUUUGAAAAGCGUACCCGUGUACCCGUGAGUGAAGAUUCUAAAGAAUAUGCUUAAUGCAAGCUCGGAGAAUUUGUCCAAUACAAUACGAAACCUUUAUUUAGAAUCGCUUGGCAUUUCUGAACAAACGGAGGAUUUUGGGGGAGAUCAGUCGUAACUGAGAACCCAAAAGAGGGGAUCACUGAAAUCACUGAAAACUUUGGAAGGAUUCAUAGGGGGGACCACUCAAAUUUGCUUGGAAAAUGAAGACAUUGCGGGGUUGUGGGGGUGGGGGGGCACGAAGGUCAUCAAAUGUUAUUAGUGAUGUAGCAUUCAAAGGGGGGACCGGCUAAAUUUCACCUUGUUUAGCCCCAAAUCCUCUGCCUCCUCCCCCCGCCCCCCCUUCCGUGAUAAAUAAUGACCGGUCCCUAAAAUGAAGGGGUGAAAGGGGUUUUGGUGUGAUACGGGAUUAAUUACGGAAUUAAGUGUUUUUUAACCUUCGUAAAUGGUGAAAAUACGAAAUUUCUGUGAAACGUGAAAAUAGAAUUUUAGUCACCGUGAUGCAUUAUUUCUACCUUUCAAUGUCCGUGAAAUGUGCACAGUACCCCCCCCCCCCCCCCUCAAUUCUGAAUGAAAGAGUAUUCGAACUUUGUUAUUCUCGGCCUUAACAAUCUCUUUGUAAUACGAAUUUGGGCAUCAGUGUUUAUGACCCUCUCUAAGACAAAUUUACUCGCCCAGUAUAAUUGAAAUCAAAGUGUACCGGGGCUAUAAUGGACGAGUAAAACCAGUUAAAGUUGUAAAAAAAACGUACCCUGUCCAGCAGCGAGUGUAUAGGUGAAAGUAUAAGGAAGUACCCCGUCUUGGGAGACCCUGAAGUCUUAAUAUCGUCUGAAAACAUUGAAAAGUAGCAAACGUUUGUAUCUAUCGAUCUUGUUAUGUCUUUCCCACCAGCAAUUUCACUUGCCAUUGAUCCAUCGUUUAAUCAAGAUCAAGAUAUUCUAGUUCUUCCUCUGGACUUGCUGAAAUAUGACACUCAUGAAAAACUUGGACAAGAUGUCCUCAACCAUUUUGGAAAGGUAACAAGUGACAAGUCAUAGGGCUUUAAAUGGGAUCAUUAUACUUCUCUGGGAAACUGCCCACCUACCCCUCCCCUAAGCCCAAAUUUGCCCUAAGUGACAGGUAAGUGUUAAUGUUGAAUUAGGGGAGGGGUAGGUGGGUAGUUUCCCAGAAACGUAUAAGGGAUCCCGGAAUCUUGGGCUUUUGGAAUCCAAAACACACCCCAAGGAAUCAGGAAUCCCGGCCAAUAACGAUUGGAAUGUGGAAUCCAAGUUCCACGAACAAAAAAUUUGGAAUCCACUACUUGAAAUUCGGAACCCAUGGUUGCAUAGAAUCCAGAGUCCAAGACUGCCUGUAAUCCCUUACGCCGAGGUGAAAAUUGGGCUGAUCGAUGGACAAAUUAUGCCCAUUUGAGGGUACUGACAGUUACAAAGGUCAUUACCAGUGCCCCCCCUUAUUUAUAGACCAAGAUGAGGCCCGAAGGGCCGAAAAAAAUUUUUUUUUGAGGCCGCCCCCCCCCCCGCUUAUCUCAGGGUCUGGAUGACCCCCCCCCCUCCAAGUAAACGAGUUAGGUUUCCCUAUCAGCUCUAUCAGUAGGGGUCUCUCACGGCAAGAAAAAAAGAAGGGGAAAGAGAGAGACUUCUGCCGGCCUCUUUCUACAGAAAGAGAGUUACGGCUCCUUUUAAAAAGAGACAAAAAAAUGAUAGGCCGCACACUCGAGAAGAGGAGAUGAAAAUUUACAUCUCUGGGAGCUCUAGCCUUAGGGCAAAAGCCGCCAUGUUUUAAUGUGCGCGCGCACAAAGGGAUAUAUAUCGCAAACGCCUUCCAAAUUUGGUCAACUUUAGAUGGUUAUAAAGUAUUAGCAGCAGGAUUUGAGCCAACCGGAUGUAGCAGCGUUCCACGCGAUUUUACAGCCUCUUGCUUCCUUUUCAGGUUGAUAUUUUGGUUAAUAAUGGUGGGCGGACACAAGUUAGUUUAAUAAGAAAGACUUCACUGGAAGUUGAGAGAGCUGUUCUGGGCUUAAAUACUGUUGGUACCAUUUCCUUGACCAAAGCAGUUCUUCCUCAGAUGAUCAAACGCCGUGCAGGACAGAUUGUCUUUGUGAGCAGCAUUUUCGGAAAAUUUGGUAAUCUUGAUUUUUUUCAGUAUAUUAGGCAGCUAACGCAACCUCGACAACGAGAACGGCAAAACAGCAAUAGGUUUAGAUUAGCAAAACAACAACUUUGCACGUGCAUCACGCUUUUGUGUAUAUUUCUUUGCCGUCGUUGUACGAGCACGACCAAGGGCCUGUUUACAUGGAGGUGGGGGACCCAAGGUGGGUGUGGUAAGAUGUGGUGGGUCACCCCGCCUGUAAUGUAAAUGUGAUUAAAUUAGAAUGAGAGAUAAAAUGGACUGGCGGCUUACCCCACCUAAGAGGGUAACUUCGCCUUCCUUAACCUGCGAGAAAGCUCCCCGGGGCUGCUCUGGCGGCAGAAAAAGAGCUGGAAUUCCGCCUCCAAUUCCCCUGUGGCUGCCCAUUGACUGAGCUGUCAGAUUUCCGCCAAUCAGCGCAAAGCGAAAACGAGCGCGAAUGUAAACAAAGAUUAAAAGACACGUACCAAGAGUAAUGACGUCAUCACUAAUGUUAUCUCCGCCAAUCAGCAUUUCGCAUCGACUUUUUUCGAUGCAGAUAUUCAAAUUCCAGAGACGUAGUUGCAAGCUCUCCUUUCUUUUCCAGCCCCGCCGCCAGAGAGCUUGAUCUCAUGCUACGCCUACUUGGGGUCCCCCCAGCUCCAUGUGGACAGACCCUAAGACUGCGUUAUUUCACGUUUUUUGGAGGUCGUGAGCAUAAUACAACGAUUUUCUAAGGAAUCUGGAUAUUUUUUUGAAACCACCUACUUUUUUACACGAAUCGGCUGCACGAAACCGCUGAAUCCGGUCACCGAAACCGCAUUGUUUUGAAACCGUUCCCGCCAGAGCAGUUUAAGAUCCCAUUCACACGAAUCCGGAGAAAAAGUAUGCGCUUUCAAAAAAAGUCCGGAUUAUACAGACAAAUACAGUCUUUUAAAAGUCAACUCCAGAAAAAUUGAACGGUAUGAAUAAGUGAGAUGAAUUUUUAAACAGCGUAAAUUCACUAAUAUUGUCAAAAAAAUUUGUCCCCACCGUCGUCGUCGACCUCGUUUCGUUGCUUAAUAUUCUUAUUAACUCACAACAAGAAAGGAUUAUCCUCAGUUCUUGCUCACAAGGCGACGGAAAUACUUAAAAACUUUAAGUGGCUGACGCUCAAAUCCCAUGAGCAUUCCUUGCUUACCAAAUCGUAACCUCCUCCUCGCCCACCCCCCCACUCCCCUCAGGGGAGGCGCGCCCCAUCCAUGCAUUCACUCGUGCACCCACUCACUCAUUAACUCUUUCACCCAGUCACGUAACCACCUACCCACACAUAUAUCUUACAAGGAGUCUGAGCACCGAAGCUAUUUUCAGUUCAUACACGCAUUUCGAUAGGGUUACUAUACAACAAUUUCCAAUACAGUGAAAACAGGGGCCCAUAACCCGGAGCAAGCAACUCCCAUACUAGGUCUAUGUCACGGCGUCUUUACGGACCAGUUUAUUUUUAGACACAUUUUCGGGCACUUUUUCCCGCGAAAAUAGAACGUCCACCACGUCUAUGAGCGCAUUCGAAGGUUAAGAUAUCAAAAAGGAACACUAAACGUUAUUAAAAGGCAAAAAAUAUCAUUUUUGGGUCUGUAGGUUUGCUGACUGGUUUGUGGAAUUAAAAAAGAUAUUUAAAAUUCGCGCUAAAAUCGUUCUAAAAAUAAACUUGUCCGUGAAAAAGCCGGGACACCAACGCAUAGAAGUUGCUCGCUCCGGGUUAUGGGCUCCUGGUCAAAACGAAUACUUUAGGUUUCCUGGUGCACUAGAGUCGAGGAGUCGAGCUAGUAAGGUGCCUACUAAAUAUAUAUUAAAAAGCUUCCACUUUUGCAGAGACUAUACAGUUGUAGCUUAACACUAGAAAACCUUUUGUUGAGUGAGGAAUUUCACCAUAAAUCAAAGUUUCGUAAUAAUUUUCAAUUGAUGUUUUUUGCAAUUAAUAUUUGGUAUUAGAAUCUUCGGUGGGUGACAAAUUAAAAUUACAAGACAUCAAAAAUGUGCGUUCCAAAAUUGGCGUAAGUUAUGUCCACAAUUAUUAAUUAUAGUACUUGUCCAAGUUCAAGACAAUCAUUUUCUACCAAAGGAAGUAAAAAGAUUGUAUCAAUUUGAAAGGUAUCAGUUUCCCUAAAUUAUUUGAUUCAUUAUAUAUUUUUUUGAACGAACUAUAGAUAGUAGUGUAAUCAGAACUAUUUUUUUAAGUAUAAUCUUCUGAAUACCUUUCUCAGGCUGAAUUUAAUGUUUUACAUAUUUUUUUUACCUCAGGGUUUCCUUAUCAUAGCACAUACAGUGCUAGUAAACAUGCAUUGCACGUACGUAUAUAUUUACUGCUUAUUUAUUUUGUAUGUUUAUGCUCCUGUUGAUCCUGAUUUUGCAGAUGUCUUGAUAGUUGUAUUUUGAGAUGGUUUAACGUCAUGCUCAUUUUAAUAUUUAAUAGUUAGCUUAAAAUCCGAGAACAGUGACGGCGGAGAAGACGACCCUUAAAAAGAGAUUUCACGUUCGUUCAAUCUCCACUUAGAGCUCGAACUACUUAGACCCCGUCUAUGUGAACAAAAGUUGUCGCGGGAAAGAGGGUCACCGCCCUCCCUGCCGAGUCAACUUACUCUAGCUUAUAUAUGAAAAAAAAGUUGACCCUUUGCCCGAGCCAACAGCGCUCGCGCAUGCUCAGGAUUGUCUCGCCUUGACCGAGCUGACCCGGCUGGGAGAGCCCAAAGUGUUUGUAUGGAGAAACGCUGGCCCGGCUAGGAGGAUGCCCGUACGUACCAUCUAAAAGGGGUUACCCAGGUAGGCGGGCCACUCUUCUACCGAGCCAAUUGCGCUAUCCAAUGGAUAGCGAUUUAUCUAGUGGAUAGCAUUAUCCACCUUCUGAAAAACUGGGGCCAGAUAUAUAUUAAUUGAACAAGUCUUUGGCUUCAGUCUUCAGUUAGGUUUGACCUCCGACUUUGUUUCUUACAAGCUUAUGUUAUAGAAACGUCUCAAAGUUCAUUGAAAUUAAUAAUCAGAUAUAAUCUUGAGAUAAUAAUUUAAUGAUUUAAAAAUUUUCAUGACGUGAUGAUCAACUGCGCAUUACAGAGAUGUAUAGAAUACAUAUGUAAAAGUUACAUCAAGUUUCAAAGUUAAAAAUAGAUAAAUAAAUGACUAAUUAAAAGUAAAGAAAAUGUCAUCAUGCAUCAAUCAAACCUAAGAAAAAGCCUCGCCAAAAAAAUAGGUUUUAAAUAAAGAGGUUUUUUUAAAAUGGUCAACAGAUUUGGCCGUCCUAUUUUUAAUAGGUAGACUGUUCCAAAGCUUACGUGCCGCGGCAAUUGCUCAGGCAAAAUCCAAUCACCUAUUUCCUAGGCACCCCGUUAUUUAUUGUUUACAUAAAAAUACAAAAAUGCAUUCUUUCCUGUUCAUAUCAGUGCGAUUUAUUUCUUUACUAGGGUUACUUUGACACAGCUCGCCUUGAGUUGGCGGAGUACAACAUUGGCGUGCAGAUCGUCUGUCCAGGACCUGUCAUGUCGGACGUAUUAAAGAACGCCUUUACUGAAGACAUCAACAAGGUAAUCAGCGGUUUGUGAAUAGAAAUGAGUAAAACAUGUUCUGAAAUACACCUCAUUCAUUCGCCCCAUGAACGGGGAUCCAGAUUCCGGAAUCCAGUAAAUUUUUGCUGUGGAAUCUGGAAUCUUGUGCAUUAGAAUCCGGAAUAACGUUCAAAUUCCACUGACAAAGAACCCAGAAUCCAGUACCUGGAAUCCAGAAUUCAAUGUUUUGGAUUCCCUUACUUGGGGCAACUGGGAGAUAAAACUGACUGAUCGCGUUCGUCAGAACGCAACCUAAUCUUGUGUUCCUGUCACGGGCGACUGCAAAUUAGCCGCCCCUAUAGCCUACGUAGCAGGCGUCGAAAGGGGUAGGGGGUAGGGGAUAGGGAGGAAGGGAAAAAAGGGGAGGGGAUUGGGGAGAGGGGGAGGGGACGCCUGCUCUUAGAACCCCCUUUUGUUCAUAUCUGCGGACGCUGGCGUCCGCAAAUUCCUGAUUGGCUGAGCCGUAAUGAGUAACAUAUUGAAAUGCGCGUUUCACAAAUCAACAACAGUCGAGAUGGCAGCGGUAGACGUGGAUGUCGUAGAGAGUGCUUUGAGAGAUGUGAAUUUAUCUAGUGGUAGAGAAACUGUUUUAAAACCAGAGCAAGAAUCAGCAGUAAGGGCUUUUUUAGCCGACAGAGAUGUUCUGGCGGUUUUGCGGACCGGAUACGGCAAGACUUUAAUUUACCAAAUGUUUGUACGCGCGAAGAACUACGAGCUAAAAGGUAAUGCGGCUAUUCUCGUCAUUUCGCCACUGAAAAGUAUUAUCCAAGACCAGUUGCAGGAGAUAGAAUUGUUGGGCUACCCAGCGAAAGAUUUAGCCAAUUUAUCGAACAUUCGCCGAUGUAACUUAGUAAUAAAAGAGGGUGGUUUUACCUCAUGCCAAAAUGCUGCUUAUUCCAAUAAAGUUGUUUUUACCUACUGGGUAGAUUAUGCUCUGGAAGGUUCUGCAUUUAUACUGAGCAAAUGUUAUUUUAGCCGCAUGUUUCACACUGAGAGUUCAUGACAUACAUAUCGAUUGACCGUAGUUAUUGUUUUCUGGUCGGCAGGAUUUGCCCUCUGAUGCAAGCGCAAUUUCUUUGACCUCUUUUGAAGCGUAAAGCUUUUUUUUAUUACGGCUGAAUAAGGGUUCCAAUAUUCUCCAAAGUGCCUUCUGGAUCUCAAUAAUUAAGCGCAUUUCUUUAGUCCGUGAGUGUAAUGUUUUCCUGCAAUGGCGAGAGUAGCGACACUUGAUUGACAGUAAGCGUAAUCGGAUUACUAGAAAAUUGGUAGGUGUUAUGCAAAAACAUAGGCUCUUAGAGCAAGCGCUCCCUUCCCUUUUCCCUUUCUCCCCUCCCCCCUCCCCUUUUGCGCCCGCCACGCAGGCUACCGUCCCUAUUAAUCUCGGCCGGGAAACUGGACCCCUUUCGACUCGAGUGACGAACGCGGAUCCGUAAUCAAUGAUUACCUCUAGUUUACACUUGAAAGGGAGAAGGGAAAGGGAAAGCAAUGAGCCUAAAUGCCCGUGAUACAGAAGUGUUCGUAUUAUUAUUGUGUAGAAAAUAUUGUGAAGCUUGGCCGGUAUAUUUGACUGAAACUGAAUUGUCCAGUCUUCUUCUGCAUGUUGUUGGGUAUAUAAAUUGUUUGAUUUUUAUGGUUUUUUGAGAGAAGAGGAAACUGCAAUUAAUCACAAUAGACCUUUCCACGGUUUUUUUUUUUUUUUAACUUUUGACAUGGACAAGUUAGGGAAAAUCCGUCGACCCCGCUGGUAAGAGCGCCUUUAAAUUAGCAAAACUGCCAAGUUUGAAAGUGAUUUGUCGAAAACUAACGAAGAUAUAUAUAGGUCCGCAAAGUUGUGAAAAUUUACAAACCUUUGUAUUGUGGUGGGAUGUAAAUGUGAAGUUCGCAGAUUUUUUGGAGCUAUAUCUAGCUUCGCUCGCUUAAGACACUUCACUUUGAAACUUGGCAAUAUUACUAGUUUUAAGGAGCCUCAAAGCUCCUCAAGGUGACGGAUUUUCCCUAACUGAUCGAUGUCAAACGUUGAAAAAACCGUGGAAGGGUAAAAUCAAAAUAGAGUCAUUACGCCUCACCGACCUACAAUGUACCCUAAAUACAAUCAUCAUAAUAACGUAACGCUGAACUUAAUUUAAAACUCUGAAACAACAGCACGGAACAAUAAUCAUUUGUCUUCCUUCUUCUGUUUAGUGAAGUGCCUCAGCAUAUUUUUUGUUUAAAUUUCAGCCUCUUAAUGGUUCAAACCUUAUGGAGAGAAUGCCAUAUAUGUCAACUGAACGCUGUGCAAAGUUGAUGGCAGUAAGCAUGGCCAACAAUUUGGAUGAAGUCUGGAUAUCAAAGCAUUCACCUCUUGCAUCAACCUAUUUAAGCCAGUACUCUCCAAACUUCUUUAGAUGGUAUAUUUUGUUUAGUGUAUUUAACAAUUAUUCCUCGAGCCCGAAAGGGCUCUGAGUCAAUAGCCCAUGAGGCCGAAGGCCGAAUGAGCUAUUGACUCAGAGGCCAUGAGGGCGAGAGGAAAAAUUGUUUUAGUGAAAUCCAACUAGUUGGUAAAAAAAUAUCGAGACGAAACAGCUUUAGCUAGAUAAAGCUAGACUUUAAUCCUUUUUUGCCGCCAAAAAGCCGGCGCUAUUCGCUACGAGUGGGCUAUAACAUAUAGCCUAGUAGUACCUUAAACAAUCAGAACGCAGCAUUGAUAAUAGACCACUAGCUGGAUUUUACUAAAACAACAAUAUUGAACUUUAAAAGAUAAACACUGGUUCGAUAACAAUAAAGGGCCCGUCUCUUUUACCAAGAAAUUCCGGUUGGGGUGUAAAUGGAGCAGACGCACACACGUUUUUUACGCGGCGUUCCUCGGAAAAUUCUCGUUAAACAGUGAAAAUUUGAAAAGGUAGUCCUGUCUUCCCGGUGGGAAUUUAUCCGGGAGAAAUGCGUGUUCCACUUAUGACUUUUCACAACAAUUCUCCACCAUGUUGAAUUUGGCCGAGAGAGGUGAAUUACUUUCUUUACCCGAUGGACGUUUUCGUCGCAUUUCCGGACAUUUUUGGCAAAAAAAAAAAAAUGGAAAACACUCAACAACUCUGCACGUGCAUCACACUUCUUCGUCUACUUCUUUUACAUUCACUGCACGACUAGGACGUGAAACGUCUUAAUGCCCGGUCUGAUGGACUGGAGGACGUCAACGAACGACGACAAUUUUUUCUCUCUUUUUCUUAAUAAAUUUGGAUGAGUCCUUUAGAAUCCAGUUGCCCAAAAAAUUCGUCCGGACACACUGAGCGAAGCUAAAUAAACGCGAUAGAGUUUUAAAGAAUCAAAAUUCAUUUUUACGUGAAUUUUUCACUGCCGUUGUCGUAAAGGUAGCUAAUAAGCUCCCUGAUUACCCCAUCAUCGAUAUCGCAACAUUAAUGACACAAUUAGCCAUCUAGUCUGUUGUUCACUUUUUUCAAACGACGAAUGUAGUUUGAUUAUUUUAUCGUUGUUGCUCAUAUGGUAACUAACACCUCCUUUGUCUUUUUCUACAUUCAGGAUUUCGAAGAAGUCUGCUAUGAAGGUGACAACAGAGAUCUAUGGUGACUCCCAGAAGAUAAAGCAUGAAUAGUACCUCUUAAAGACAGGGGGCUCUUAAGGACUUCCCCCACCAAAAAAGUUAAAGAUUAUGAAUGUGUUAGCCAACUCCUCAAUUUUGUCAGACACCCUACUAUACUUUAAGUAUUUUUCGCUUUAUAGUAGCCUGUUCUAGGCUCCAAAAAUGUAUCGCGAAAAGUUGCGCGAAAACCGGUAUACCUCAUUCCGGUAUACGAGCUCCUGGUAUACCCUAUGAUUGGUGAAUGGCGACAGUAUACUUCAACACUUACGUCAGUCAUUUGGUUUCGCGCGCAGAGUCUAGCAAACAUGUCGAGCAUGUGAAUCCCUACUACACCACACUUUUUGACGUUUGACAUUUUGAAGCAAGGAACUGUUUUUUACGAUGUGGUGGUUGGGGGGUGGGGGGAGGGGGUAGUCUGCGCGGAUUGAGGUAUUUGAAAAGAUGCUUACAGGCUCUCCCCUUCCCUCUUUCCGCCGUUUUUCUCUCGUUGGUUUUUCACCGCUCGCUCGUUUUUUUCGCUCUGCCGCACUGACCGAGAGCUUGGCACAGGGUACUUUACAGCUACUUUGAAAGGAAUUUGGAUUCUGCCGAUAAAUCCAGCCGGAAACAGUGUGACGUCAUGAUGACGACACACCAUGUCAUUGUGUCAAUCAAGUUAUGCUUAGAUGUUGGAAAUGAUGAGUACAUUAUACUUCUACACUCGCCCUGGCAUGCAGGCCCUCAUCUCACCCCAAACUACAGUGAUAUGACAGUUGCGAUGAACCCAUGUACCCUACCGUAUAAAGUACCAAUCAGCACAUCGUCAAAAAGCUACAAUCUGUACGGAAUGCUGCUGCUUUCCUCAGUACAGUCUGCUGCAAAUACAACCACAUCACUCUAAUUUACUUUCCGUUCUGCACAAACUUCUUGUUUCCUAGCGCUUUUUUGCUCACCUCUACACACGAACAGUCUCCUACCUACAUUCAAGAUUUAGUAACUCGCUACACACCGUCACGAUAACAUGAACGACCCCUAACUCUCUAAUUUUUCUCGGACUCGCAAUCCGGCGGUCCCGGGUUCGAGUCCCGCUCUGGCCACUUGCUGGAUUUGUUCUCAGUCGUCCCGAGUUCCCGCUCGGCCACGCUUGUAAAUAGCGAACUGGAUGCCUCCUGCUGGUUGGGGUUGGUAAUCCUGUUAUUAAGUUGUAUUUGAAUUAUUUGUUUCAAAGUUUUUGAGUGGAGUGCCUGUAAACUAGCUAGAUAAGCUAAGUACACUUUCCACAAUUAACAAGCCUUUAAGUCGCCCAUUUUGGCGUAAACCAGGUUAUGAGCCGCUGAUCAGGGUAUGGUUUUCAGGCUCAUGUGUCUUAAACACGAUCAGUACAAUUUCGAACAGCGUGUCUUUUUGGACCGGAGGCCUUUAAAAGAGUGUAUGUUGGCGAUGAAUGGUCUAAAUAUGUGGUACCAACAAUAUUUAUCCAAAAAAUCUAAUUCCAUGAUGUUUGUUUGAAAAAUUACCUAAUAAUAUUGUGUGCUAAACAAUACGAAUCAGGGUCAAAAAAGGUCUCUUGUCUUAAACGAGGGUCUCAAUGGGGUUUAUCGUCAGCCGUCAAAGGGCCUCAAAAUCAACCGUCAAAAAAGGCCAAGUUAUUUUCAACCGUCUACUGUCAAAAAUGCAGGUUUAUAUUAACCGUCAAAAAGUUUCAAAGUGUUUCAAAUCUCACUAUUUCAGCUGAUUUCCACGGAAUUCUUAAUUCCGGCUCCUAGAGAAUGUCUAUCCUGCAAAAAAAACUUCCCGUGUUCUCAAAAACACUCUUUCUAGACAAUACAAUACCUAACAAUCUGCUUAUAUCUGAAAAUAUUUCAAAUUUCUCCAAGUGGAAGGCCAAGACAACCUUCAAAACACAACAGUGGAUAUUAACUCAUACAGAAGUUAAUAAUUACGUCAACUUUUGGACUGGUACCACCCCAUAGACACCCUCUUAAACAGGGUAGCGAAAUAAAAUAUUUUUUGUCUUAGUUAAUCAGGGUCGUGGUUUGAAAGCCCCGGCGGAACACCUCUACCUAAACUACCCUUGAGCCUCCCUCCCCUCCCUCCCCCCCCUUCCAGUUCCUUCCCCUUUGACCUCUUUCGAAUCAUCCACGAAAGUCACGCGUCUGAUCAAACGCUACAUGCCUCAGAACCAGACGACGCCACUUAGCAUGAUGGCUCGAACACUUUUGAUUCUCGCAGUUUUAAUACCUGUUGUGUACUUCUUACUUGUAAAAUAUCAGGAUGCAGAUUUGGUGCUCAUGAUUUACGAAGUAAUAGGUGAAAAUCCUGCUGUAGCUUUGCGAGGCAAAGUUGUGUGGAUCACGGGAGCUUCUAGCGGUAUCGGUGAAUAUUUAGCUUACGAACUGGCUAAAUGUGGCUGUAAGUUGGUGCUUUCUGCACGAAGAAAAGUUGAAUUAGAGAGAGUCAAGAAAAACUGUGCAGGUAGGACCAACACCUGAUAAAAUAAAUAUGAAUGUAAGUCUUUGGUGAUGGUGGUUAAAAUAGACCAAAUAGGUAAGAUUAAUUUAUACGUUAGCGAGGCCAGACUGUGCAAGUCAUGUGAAAAUAACCACCUGAAUCACGCGAGCCAUGUGAGUCACGCGAGCCACGCGGAAGCUAUAACUCGACCCAGGCGUCUCUUAUCAUUUGUACGCGAUUGCGAAUCGUUUGCGAGACACUAAGGAGCAUAGUAUCUUGAUCUGCGAAGAUUGUAAGCCUGGUUUUCAUAUGUCGGGGAAAAUCCCAGACGAUCGGGGAUUUUACAGCUUUCCAACCGUUCCAGAUUUUGCCCAGUAAUGAAAACUCGAAAUCGUAGAUAUCUCGGAUCGUCUGGGACGGACAGGGACAAAUCUGAAGAAUUGGGAAAGACUUCCGGCGAUUAUCCAACAUAUUGACAAAAUCUGGAACGGUCGGUAGAAAAUGAAAUACCCGAUCGUCUGGCAAUUCCCGACACAGGAAAACAAGACUUUAGACGCCACGACAGCGACGAGAACGAGAACCUCAAAAAAGCAAUAGGUUGAAUAGGCAAAACAAGAAAGCUGCACGUACAUCACGCUUUUUUUUUUCAGUUACAUUUCUUUGCCGUCACUACACGAUUUCGAACGUUUUAUGGGGGACGUAAACAAGUGACGACGAAAUUUUUUUCUCUCUCUGAACUUGAAUGUGGUUGUCAGGAAUUCGGCUCCAAAAGAGUUCGCUUGCAUUUGACAAAGAACGCGAGUUGAAAUAAUCCGAAUAGAGAUUGAAAGAACGCAAAUUCACUUUUUAACUGACGUUUUCGUUGCCGUCGCCUAAAAUCACAAUUUUAACAAAUUCUCUCAUCUGACUGGGCUAUGAGCAGCCCUGGGUGAACCAUCAUGCACGCUCUCUUGAGUCUAUAAAUGUUUAGUAAGUUAUUCACUUAUUUUACGUGUCGCAAAAAGUCUCGGAAGAUCUUGUGUUGUAACCUGUGAAAUUUUCAAAAAUGCUUAAAUGAUUUCUGCCUUACUUCGUGUCUAUCGCGAUCGCUUAUUUUGGGGGUAUUUGAGUCUCCAGCACCCAGCGUUAGAAGGCCGUGCUUUGGCCUGUGGCGGAGGAGGCAGAAAUGAUCACAUUACUGUUGGUAUUAAAAACUGAAUGGAUAAUGCAUAAUGCAAUUCUAGAGCUCUGGCUACCAUGCUCUCAAAAUAUAACUGUACGUGUCUGCUCAAAAUUAAAAACAAGCUGAAAAUCGGUUGUUUUGACAAAUAAAGUCGGGAAGAUUUCUCGAUAUUUUGCGGGCGUUUUUGAUAAAACAAUUAUUCCACUCGAGGUUGUUGGAUAUGAGAUAAUCUCCUUAUGACGCCGCGCAUGUCCAUUACCUCGCACGCACGAACUUCAUUAAUCAUACGUUUUUAUUUAUUCUUGUUUAUUUAUUUAUUUUGCCACUCAUGUCUAUCUUAUAUCAAUUCUGAAAGGUUAAAGUAGACUAGUAACAGGAAGACCUCUGCAAGACAUAAACAAUCUUUGACGAGGAAUUCAGCGAUAUAAAUAUUCUACUUGCAAGCGAAUGGCUUAUUAUCUACGUACUGAGCUCGAUCUUUAUACUACAUGUCUUUUCCCAACGUAACAGCAAUUUCACUUGCCCUUGAUCCAUCGUUUAAUGAAGAUCAAGAUAUUCUAGUUCUUCCUCUGGACUUGCAGAAAUAUGACACUCAUGCAAAAUUGGCUCAAGAUGUCCUCAAGCAUUUUGGAAAGGUAACGGGAAACAAGAAAUAGCAAGGGCACCCAACGAGAAUAUAGUUCAAAACCACUUAAACAUAGAAUUGUUCAACGUAUUUUAGUAUUUAAGGUGGCUCGACUGGAUUUUUUGGGGUUGAUACCUCCCAACUUUGAGCAUUAACUACGUCGGCAUGAGUAAAGAUAUGGAAAAAAGGUUACCACAACUGUAUUAUAUAAAGAUGAAAAUUUCUUAUGAUCUGGGUUUUAUUGCAAUCGGAGUCGCCAUGGCAACGUAAUGACGCCAUUACGUUUUUCAUUUAUCUUUGUGUUUCUCUGUUCCAGGAGUUUUUUGAAGAAAUCGCUUAAGGGAGUAUGUACCUGCUAUAAUUGCCUCCAUUAUGGCGUAGUUUGAACAAAUUCUAUGAGAGCGUUUUCGAAAUAUUUUGAAAUGUAGUUUUAAGAAUAAUGAAAACAGUGAAAUAGCAUGCUAGCCUCACAAUUCGCUAAUAUUUUAAGAAAAUGAUAAGCUUUGAGAACGAGGCUUCAUCUCAUAGUGGUUUGAUUCCAUAGAAAACUGCAUACGAAAAAAGAGGGGAAUUGCUCUAGGCGAUCGCGAGUAAGAAGAAUUUUAUUAACUUGCAUUUAGCUGUUUUUGAUACAGUUUUUGGACGUAAUUUGGUCCAUGCCUAAAAAUUUCGCAUUUUUCCAAAAACCGCUCGAUAAAUUUUUUUAUAAAUUCGAUAAUGCCGAGAUCAAUCGUCAAGAAAUGUUCCCUGCAAGUUUUAAGAACAUUGAAAACAGGGAAGGCUUUUAAAUAGGGCCUCAGAUAUAGCCAAUUUUCCCCCCAGAUUUUGUGUUUACGAGUGAGCGUCCUCAUUAUUCACUGGCAUUGUUUUCAAGUUUCAUAUACACGUGCACAUUUAGCAAAACGAUAGAAUUUGCAUCAAAAAGGACCCUCGGUUACAUCUCCGGGAUAUGCUAAUUACCGGGUAAAGAGAUUAAUGAUACAUUAUAACAUCAGAGCAACUCUUUGUGAGAGUUUCUGUGAUGUUACAAACCCGAGUAAGAUAAUUAAGUAUUCCAUCCUACACGAUGAGCCGUGACGUUCACCGUUUCGGCUCUCAUUGCUAUCUGUGACGACAAGCCAAUUAUUAGCGUAUUCUGGAUAUUUCUUCGGAAAGUAAUCGAGAGUUCUUUUUGAUGCAAAUUUAUAUCUUUUGCUAGUUGUGCACGUGCAUAUGAAACUUGAAAACAGUGCCAGUAAAUAAUGAGGACGCUCACUUGUAAACACAAAAUCUGGGGGGGAAAUUGGUUAUAUUUGAGGCCCUAUUUAAAAGCCUUCCCUAUUUUCAAUGUUCUUGAAACUUGCAGGGAAUAUUUCUUGACAAUUGAUCUCGGGAUUAUCGAAUUUAUAAAAAAAUUUAUCGAGCGGUUUUUGGAAAAAUGCGAAAUUUUUAGGCAUGGACCAAAUUACGUCCAAAAACUGUAUCAAAAGCAGCUGAAUGCAAGUUAAUAAAAUUUUUCUUACUCGCGAUCGCCUAGAGCAAUUCCCCUCUUUUUUCGUAUGCAGUUUUCAAUGGAAUCAAACCACUAUGAGAUGAAGCCUCGUUCCCAAAGCUUAUCAUUUUCUUAAAAUAUUAGCGAAUUGUGUGGCUAGCAUGCUAUUUCACUGUUUUUAUCAUUCUUAAAACUACAUUUCAAAAUAUUUCGAAAACGCUCUCAUAGAAUUUGUUCAAACUACGCCAUAAUGGAGGCAAUUAUAGCAGGUACAUACUCCCUUAAGCGAUUUCUUCAAAAAACUCCUGGAACAGAGAAACACAAAGAUAAAUGAAAAACGUAAUGGCGUCAUUACGUUGCCAUGGCGACUCUGAUUGCAAUAAAACCCAGAUCAUAAGAAAUUUUCGUCUUUAUAUAAUACAGUUGUGGUAACCUUUUUUCCAUAUCUUUACUCUUGCCGACGUAGUUAAUGCUCAAAGUUGGGAGGUAUCAACCCCAAAAAAUCCAGUCGAGCCACCUUAAACGGUAGAUAUAGGCAUAUUUUUAUCCCCUGGAAAUUUUUCAUCUGUUCGGAUUUCCUAGCUGAAAGUCAAGUGAUCCGAAAAUUAUAGGGAUCAAAACUUACCUUUUCGAAAAUUUUAGCCAGAAAAAAGGCUCCCGAAAAUUCUUGGUGACCUUUUUAGGGUAAAAAUAGGCAAUGAUACCUUUUUUUAGAUGUCCGAAAAUCCUAGGAGAGGCAGGCAAGCAAGAAAUUUUACAACAAAUGUUCCGAAAAUUCUAGAUCUCAAAUCGUCUUCCGAACAGAUAUUUUUCCGAAAAUUGUCGUUGGGUGCCCCUGAAAUAGGCUUGUAAUAAUGGCUGAUCAAUAGAGUGCACUAAUAUUAUGACCAGUCGAGGUUACUGACAGUUAUUAAAGCUCAUUACAAGGACCUAUGAGUAUUAAAGGGAACGUCUACUCUUACUACAGAAUAAGUUUAAAUCGAAUAAAAUUAUGUUGAUAAACAAAUUUGUUCGUCAUUUGUCCUUAAAAAAAGUGUUUAUAUCAGGAAAAGUGAAUUUUAAAAUCGCUUAUUUUCACUUUCAAAUUUCGCGGGCGCCGCCAUCUUGAAUAAUUGUGACGUGUUACGGUUGCUCUAUUGUUCUGACACAAAGAGCUUUUGUUUAAUAACAAUAGGGCAACCGUAACACUUCACAAUUAUUCAAGAUGGCGACGCCCGCAAAAUUUGAAAACAAAAAUAGGCGAAUCUAAAAGUUAUUUCUUUCGGAUACAAACGCUUUCUUUAAAAAUAUUUUAGAUUGACUUGACUGUAACAGUUAUUUCCUGUGACUUAAAGUUAUCUUUUUGUUGAAGUGGAGGUCCCCUUUAAACAGUCAAAUCGUUGACUGAGGCUUUGUUCAUGAUUCUAUACUGGAUACCAAAAUAAUCAAGGUCGAGGUUUUCAACUGAUCAUGAGUAGUUUUUUGUCUCGAUCUUGAUUAUUCCAGAUAUCACCAAACCCGAAUCUAAUAAUUAUUGUUUUAUUACACAUAAUUGUUCAAAGAAAAUAACGUCAAACACACUGUCGCACGCUGAAUCAGUUUUCUUGGAAAAAUCAUGCCUCCGCUCGCAACCAACACAUUAGUCAGUUAUCCUAUCUGCUAGCAGAUACCUAACUUAUCUGAGGGUGGUGCUGCUUUCCAAAAUUAACUGUAUGCCGUUAGCAAUAUAGUAAUAAAGAGUGAUAGUGAACGCAAUGUGUAAUAUAAAUUACCAGUUAUAUUGAAUUCGGCCUUCGUAUGAUCUGAGAAACUUAUGCAGAUCAUACGAAAGCCGUAUCCAAUGAGUGUUUUAUUAUCCAUUCAAGAAAAUUCAAACUUUAAAACAUGCUUACCUCGAUCGAUUUUAACCCUCGGACGUACAAGGGGGGGUGGUUGCCACCCCCCUCUGAGGUUUUUCUUUGACAAUAAAACAUCAGCACCUGACGUUUUAAGUAGCUGUUCGUUUAUCCCUCGCACCCAUUUUGAGACAAGUGUAGUGAAGAUCAGUUACUAUGGCUGUGGUACGAGAUAUGACGUCAUAAGUAGCGGGUGGUCAAGCCAUUUUUGAGUGAAAAUGCUUGUUUUCUCAACUUCUUUCAACAACUUAAAAGUAAAGAUUAGGGAUGAAAUGAUGCUAAGUGCUUAUUUAUGUGUUAUUUUAUAUGUCAAGCACAAAAAAUUACCAUUUCUUGCGGUUUUAGCCUGAUUUCCAAUUCUUGAUAAAAUCCAAGAUAACAACCAUUGUUGGUGACUUCACAGGCCUCCAGCAGCGUCACCACCCAUAAAAUAUACCUCAUCUUGUUGAGAAGAUCAAAGGCUUUCCACUGAAGGCAAAAUCGCUUCCAAAUACUGCAACAUAUCAAAAACUCUAUGAAAGGGUUCCAUGAACAACCGCCCCCCCUUCCUUGUACCGCAGUGGGGGUAUGAAUUUUCGUGUACGUCCGAGGGUUAAGUCUGAUCGGUGUUUAGCAGAUAUUCUUCAAAUAGCAGUUGAAUAGCCGUUGAAAUUUAUUUCUGCUGUUCUUGCUGUGUGUUUAGGUAGAAGUUUAUCCCGUCGUAAAACGUGUGAAAUUUUCUGUCAUUUUCCCCAGCUCUAUAUAAAAAAAACUCAUGAACUAACACAACCUCAGAUUCCCAUAACCAGGGUUUCUCGGUUGCUGUCCUUUUUUGGGCGAUAGCCUGAACUUUUGACGUCAUUUUACCGGAUAUCAUGAAGAAUUAUAUUAGGUAAGGCAUUUGAGUAAGUAAAGAAACGGAGCAAUAUUUUGAAUGGAUAAUUUUAUUAAAAUUAGUUCUCUCUCAUAAGUUAACAAACAAUUAUAGUACAGUCAAUAUCAAUUUCUUUCCCUCUGAUUUGUUACUUCACCUGAUCUUUCUUUUCAUGCAGGUUGAUAUUUUAGUUAAUAAUGGUGGGCGGACACAUAUUAGUUUGAUAAGAAAGACUUCCUUGGACGUCGACAGAGCUAUUCUGGGUUUAAAUACUGUUGGCACUAUUUCCUUGACCAAAGCGAUUCUUCCCCACAUGAUCAAACGUCGUGAAGGACAGAUUGUCAUUGUGAGCAGCCUUCUUGGAAAGUUUGGUAAUCUUGCUCUCAAUCCGUACAUUAACUCAUAUUAAAUACCUCUAGAGCUGAAUUCCAUUCUCACGCUAAUUAUAAAUUUAAUAUUAUGCAGCUUGUGUUGUUAGAAUUAUUUAAUUUUUUACAAUUUUUUCCCGCAGGGUACCCUUAUCUCAGUACAUACUGCGCAAGUAAACACGCAUUGCACGUACGUAUUCGUCUGGUAACAUUAUUUACUUUUUUCAUCGAUAUGCUUGCGCCCAAAUGGACCUAAGCCCUAUACGUAAAUUUCCACGUUUUUUCCUCUCGCGACCUUCGUAUCAACCCUGGGUAUUGAACUUAGUAUUUAUAUGCCAUGUCGCCAUCCGGAUCGCUCUAAUACGGGUUCAUGUCCCAAGAGGUCUAUUAAGAAUUUCUUUCUUUGCCCUCCUCCCUCCCCUCAUGUACCACAGAGAUGUAGCAUAGCAAUGAAAAUUGUUUUACUGUUAAUUUUGUAUGUUUAUGCUUCCUGUUCAGCCUGAUUUUGCAGACAUCACGGUAGUUGUAUUUAGUGAUGAUUAAAAUGUCACACUCGUUCUAAUUACUAUAAAAUUGAAUGUAUAUGAAUAUAAUUAAGUAUGAGGAGCCCAAUGUUCUACAAGCUAUUUAGCUUCUAUUGGGCUUCCUCGCCUGACUCUCUAUCUAUUACAAAAGUGAAGUCACUUAAUAUUACUUUGCUUUUGAACCUUUUUUUGUAGCUUUUCCUGCCUUGUAAAUUGCGCAGUCUUAAUAAUAAUAAAUAUAUAUUUUUCAUUUUCUCUUUCUGUAAUAUUUAUUUUAUGUGGCAAAAUGUAAGUAAAUAAAAAUAAAUGGUUCAAGUUAAAUUACUACAGAGCUAAAAAAAAGGCCCCUUUAUAUUUUGGCAAUUUUUGAAAGAGCUGCAAAGUUACAGAGUUGUGCAACCCGGUUGUCCAUUUCGUACAUAUGGAUACGUUUCAUCCAAAACAAAAAUCUUAAAGUUCAUGGAAAUUCAGUCAUGAACCGCUGUUUCCAAAGCACCCCUUAUUUAUUGUCUAGGAAAAAUACAGCAAUGAUUUCCUGUUGAAAUCAGUGAUAUUAAGUCUCUGUCCAGACUAUAUUAGUUAGCUAUACAUAGAAACACUUCUGAAGACAAAACCACAAAAAUCGCGCCGAUCUCACUGUUAUUAUGGAUCCCUAUCCGGUAUGAUUUUGUGGUGGCGCAAAGGCUAUCCGGAACAGCUAGUAUGAACAUAUCCUAAUUUCUUCACUAGGGUUACUUUGACACAGCGCGUCUUGAAUUGAUAGAGUACAACAUUGGAGUCCAGAUCAUCUGUCCAGGACCUGUCAUGUCGGACGUAUUCAAGAAUGCUUUUACUAACGACAUUAACAGGGUAAUAGCGUUUUGUUAUUAGAGAGCUUUAGAUUCGGUGACGAGGCCGACUAUGAUAGCAAGUUUUCGCGUGUUCUCUAGAGAUAGAAACCCCGGAAUGCUCUAUUGCGGAGCUUUUCUUCACAACAAACGUAGGUCCUCCUAUUUCUAUCUAGUUUAUUGAAGGAAUUAAAGCUCUUGCCCGAUCGCUAAAUGAUAUAAUUUCUCGCAUUUGAUAACUUAUUUUCGUCACUACGACAUUGUCGCUAAUCCGUAGUGAAAUGGCGACGGCUAUCGCGUUUUCCCCAGCUGGUUCACGCGUUCACUACUUUGUACUGGCACAAUCUCGUUCUCGUAGUCGUCUUCGCCUUCAAAUUUAGAGCUCUCUAAUACAAGAUGUUAAAAACAUGUAUAUACACCUCAUUAACUAUCAUUUUUAUGUAGACUGUCUUACUUCUAGGCUGAAGGAUAAAAUUCAUAUACAGUUAAUUAAAGUGUCUACUUAGUAAAGACAACAAGAGGAAUGGGCCCAAAUGUGCUCAAUACAGAAGUGAUGGUAUUGAAAAUCAACAGAGUUGUCCGGCGGGGUGCUAAGCCCCUCUCCCCCUCCCCCCACUUAUAAGAACCGCUCAUUAAAGGCCAAUCGACCUGUAAACAAAAAAGACAUCCCCUUUUAAGCCCCGCCCCCUCCCUUUUAGGGUAUAAGUCACCCUCUAGCCUGCAUCGAGAUGAAUUGGAUGUUUUACGUCGUUUUAAAGCCAAAAAAAGCGAGUAAAUUCAAAAAGUAUUUGAUUAGCACUACUAUGUAGCUUAUAACAACAGUCCGGAACAAUAAUUAUUUUCCUAAUCUAUUCUGUUUAGCGAAGUAUCAUCAGACAAAAUUUACCUCCGCAUACAAUAUUAUUUGUUUGUAUUUCAGCCUCUUGAUGCAUUGGUAUUGUCAAAUGUUAUGAAGAGUUUGCCAUUAAUGUCAACUGAACGCUGUGCAAAGUUGAUGGCAGUAAGCAUGGCAAACAAUUUGGAUGAAGUCUGGAUAGCAAACCAUUCAGCUCUUGUACUACCUUAUUUAAGCCAGUACUUUCCAAACUUCUUCAGAUGGUAUGUUUGA